AUGAUACGACAGAUUUUUGGGAACGCUCAGAUAUAUAAGUCACGUAUGCUAAACAAAAAGUAUGCUAAAAGGUUGAAGUCUCUAUAUACAAUGAUGAUACUUUCUGUGUUAGGUAUCGUAGUUCUUUUCUAUUUCACGGUAUUUGUCGAUGCAUACCCAGUUGCUGCAAAUGUAAGUAAGUCAUCUGGUUCUUUUUUGUACCCAUUUGCAUCCUUGAGUCAUAAACUUGGAGCUGGGUAUGCCCAGCAAAGUAGACAUAUCUUCAGCAGAAUUCAAGGGGGUAUUGAGGGAGCUUUUACUGAUUCAAACGAUGCCUCAACGGGUUUUGGUUCCAUAGGAACUAUCGAGUUUCAAAAGCAAAAUCAUUACCAAAACCAACCGUAUGUAGCCAAUGGAUACAUUGGUAGUAGAAUACCCAAUCUUGGCCAAGGUUUUAGUUACGACGACUCAUCUGAUGGGUCAUCAAAUCACUUGAACGGCUGGCCCUUGUUUAACGAACGGUAUGCUGGUGCGUUCGUCUCGGGGUUUUUCAAUAUUCAGGAGAAGACGAACGGGACUAAUUUUCCUGAACUUGCCGCCAAUGGGUAUGAGAGUAUCAUCGCAGCCAUCCCACAGUGGACAACUUUAACCCUUUCAGUGGAAGUAGAUGGAAAGACUUACAGUUUAGAUCCAUCAUUGAAAGAUGAGGAACAAGGCGAUAUUACGAAUUACUCCCAAGAACUACAACUCGAUAGAGGAAAUGUUGUUACUCAGUUCACAUGGUUGGACAAAAUUGACGUCAAAUUUACAAUUUUAGCACAUAGGGAAGAAAUUCAUUUGGGAUUGGUACUUCUUGAUGUAGUGAAUGGAUUUGAAAAUUCGGUUGAUAUAAAAAUCGAAGACAAAUUGGAUUUUGCUACAGCUCAGCGCUGUCAAUACGUGAACAGCACGGCUAAUGACGAUAAUGAAGCAAUUUUAUUGUUAUUCCAACCUCAUCAAUUACUGCAUGUUAACGGGGCGAUAUACUCAAAAUUGAGUCACGGGCAAGGAGAAAGGACCGUAAAGAUGGGAAAUAACUCAGUGUCGCAGAUUUUGCAGAUCAAUAUUGCUUCCAACUCAAGCAUUGAAGUAUCUAAACACGUUGGAAUAGUAACCAGCGAUAUCGAUCCAGAAAAUUUGAAAACCACAGACGAUGUCGUCAACUUGGCUAAGUCUACGGUAUUGACUAGCUUGGAUAAAACUGACACUCAAUUGUUAAUCACUCAUGAGAGUUUAUGGACGGAAAUUUUGGGAUCAAUUGAUGUUGAAUUUGUUGAUGAUGACUUGUUGACAAUGGCAUCAAGAGCAUCCUUGUAUCAUUUAGCUGCAAAUACGAGACCCAAUGCGCAAGGUGUCACCGCGGCAUUGGCUGUAGGAGGGUUAUCAUCUGACUCGUAUGGUGGAAUGGUAUUUUGGGAUACUGAUCUAUGGAUCUCAGGAGGAUUACUACCAUUUCUUCCGGAUCAUGCCAAAAGUUUUGUAAAUUACAGGCUUUAUACCCAUUCUCAAGCCAAAAAGAAUGUUCCAGAGGGUUAUGAAGGUGCAGCAUAUCCUUGGACUAGUGGUAGAUAUGGUAACUGUACGGCUACAGGGCCUUGUUUGGAUUAUGAAUAUCAUAUAAACGUUGCAGUUGCGUAUGGAGCGUGGAAUAUUUACUUAAGUGGCUCGGAAGAUGACACUUACUUAGAAGAAGUUGUGUUUCCAUUAGUAGAGGAUGCAGCAGCAUUCCUCUCCACUUAUGUCGCGAAGUAUAAUGAAACUUUGGACAAGUAUACUACGCAUAAUUUGACUGACCCAGAUGAAUAUGCUAAUCAUGUUGAUAACGGUGCUUAUACUAAUGCGGCCAUUGAAGAAUUAAUGAAAUGGGCUAGUUCCAUAUGCGAUCACUUUGAUAGAAAUUGUACCCUGUUCUCCAGUGAUAUCGUAGAUAAAGGAAUGUAUUUGCCUACUGCAGCACCCGAUGACGUUACUUUGGAAUAUUCAGGAAUGAAUUCAUCUAUUGAGGUUAAACAAGCUGAUGUUGUUAUGUUGUCCUACCCUCUUGAUUCUACCCUUCUUAAUGAAGAUGAUGCAAGAAGUAAUUUAAAUUACUAUGCUGCCAAGCAAGUUUCUUUUGGGCCAGCUAUGACUUUCCCUAUGUUUUCAGCAGUCUCGUCCAAACUUUCUCUUUCAGGAUGUUCUUCUGUCUCAUACUUAUUGAAAUCGGUAGAACCUUAUUUGAGAGCUCCUUUUGCUCAAUACCUGGAACAAAAUAAUGAUGAUUUUGCAACAAAUGGUGGAACCCACCCAGCCUUUCCAUUUUUGACAGCACACGGAGGAAUCUUACAAGCAGUACUUCAACUUGCCGGCUUGAAGUAUGAUUACUACUUCGAUUCUUCCCAAAGUAUUAAAAGACUUCUUAGAUUGGACCCAGUUUCAACUAGCUGCCUUGGAGAAAAUGGAAUUAACAUUAAAGGUAUUAAAUACUUGAAUCAGACAAUUGAUUUUGAAUUUACUUCUGAUAAGCUAAUCCUUAAACACCAAGGCCCUUUAUCUGCUGAACAUAAACAAGAGGAUAUUAAUUUUUAUUUAGCUGAAAGAAAUGAACUCAGUGAGAAUAAAAAGGUCCACACUUUGGUAUCGGGCGAUGAAUUUUCAAUUCCCUUAUUCAAAUCCCAGCUUAAUGUCCCUGAGAAUAUUAUAGAAUGUGGUAAUGCGAUAAUCUCGAAUAUUACAGCAGGCACUUUUGGAGAUAUUUCGAGUAUGAUGAACGAUGGAGAUAAUUACACUUAUUGGCAAGCUAAUUCUCUGGAAACUGCACAAAUUUUGAUCAAUAUUAAGGAAGAAAGUAACCUCAAAAGAGGGCUUAUUAACUGGGGAACACGGCCUGCAAAAUCUUUCUCUUUGUCUAGAAUACAAAGUGAUAUAUCUGGAGAGCUUAUAAGCAGAGUUGAAGCUUUUCAUCAGCCAACGGAUUUCAGUAAUUGGACUCAUACACUUGUUGAAAAAGAUGUUACUAUCAGCGCACCUUUCAAUUACACUGAGUUUACUUCCAUUCAAGUUGCUGAUAAGUAUAACAUUACCACUUUUUCCAUUGAAACUGACCAAGUUACUAAGUACCUAUUGCUAGAGUUUAAUGGUACUCUAGACGAUGUAACCGAUUCUGAAUUGGGUGCGACUAUCAAUGAGAUUCUGUUAUUUGGGUAA